UGUCCUGAUGACACUCGACUACAAGCUGCUGGACUCGGGAUCAUCACAAAGGUCGUAGAUCAUAGACCUAGCACGGUCAAGACAGUGAUCAAUCACCACAAAAGAAUACGUCAACAAGCCGAAGUAGCGAAAAAGAACAAACAUGGCGUUCACAGUCGAGAUCAAGCAUGCAGGCAAGCAACACAAGGUCGAGUUCAACCCUGUGGGAGAUGCCAAGGCGUUCAAAGAGAGCAUCUACCAGGUCACGGGCGUGCCUACCGACCGGAUGAAGGUCAUGGUCAAGGGCGGGAUCCUCAAGGAUGAUGCGGAUUUGAGCAAGUUGGCCAUCAAGGAGGGCCAAGCGAUCACAGUCAUCGGUACGGCCGGUCCUUUACCUCAAGCGCCGGCUCAGACGAUCAAGUUUGUCGAGGAUAUGGACGAUUCCGAUCUGGCCAGUGUCCUCAAACAACCUCCCGGUCUGACCAACCUCGGGAACACCUGUUAUAUGAACGCCUCCCUCCAAGCCCUCCGCUCGAUCCCGGAACUGAAGACCGCCCUAACGUCCCACAUGCCCAACUCUACUACCAGCUCGGGAGGGGAUGCAAGGCUGACCACCCAGUUGAGGUCGUUGUUCAACGGGAUGGAUCAGACGACAGAGGCGAUCCCGCCGUACAUGUUUUUGCAGACGUUGAGGACGAUCGCGCCGCAGUUUGCGGAACAGAGUCAGCAUGGUGGUUAUGCUCAACAAGACGCCGACGAGAUGUGGACCCAGACCGUCAGCGCCUUGCACAAUUCGUUACGUUCCCCCGACGCUGGGGGCGAAUCCAGCCGGGGUUCGUUUGUGGACGAUUAUCUCUCGGCCGAUUUACAGCAGACGCUGACUUGCGACGAAGCGCCGGAAGAGCCCAAGAACGUCAAGACGGACAAGGUCCUCAAGCUCGACUGUAACAUCAAUAUCAAUACCAAUUACAUGUUGACGGGGAUCAAGGAUAGCUUUGAUCAGAAGAUCGAAAAGACUUCGCCCUCUCUCGGAAGGACCGCGGUUUACACCCAGACGUCUCGUAUCGCUCGACUGCCCGCCAACCUGACCGUCCACAUGGUCCGAUUCUACUGGCGAGCCGACGUCCAGAAAAAGGCCAAGAUCAUGCGUAAAGUCAAGUUUUCCAUGGAACUCGACGUUUCCGAGCUGCUCACGGACGAACUCCGCGAACGAGUCCGACCUGUCAACCUCGCUUUGAAGAACAUUGACAAGGCCCGGAUCGACCGUGCCAAGCAGCGCAAGAAGCGCAAGAACAAUAUCAGCCGGGGUCUUGCGCCCGGUGGAAGUGCAGGUCCCGCCGAGUCUGGAGCUGCUGCCCCUAGCACUAACACAGAGAGCGCCGAGAGCUCAGAGGGGGAUGCUGUUACGGCUACGACUACGGACAUGCAGGUGGAAGGCGGCGACGAGGAGGUUCCCGAGGAGAAGAUGCGGGAGAGGGAGAGGGAGAUGGUCAAGGAUCUCAUCAAGGCCCAGGAGGGUGCUGUGGACAAGGGUGCGAACCAGACGGGGUUGUACGAGUUGUGCGCGAUCGUCACGCAUAAAGGCAACUCGGCCGAUUCUGGGCAUUAUAUCGGAUGGACGCGUCAGCCUACCGAGGAGAAUGGGGUUCCGGGGGAGGAGGAUUGGUGGAAGUUUGACGACGACAAGGUCUCGGUCGUCCCCGUGAGCAAGAUCAUGUCCCUCGAUGGGGGUGGGGAGGACUCGACGGCGUACAUCUUGUUGUACCGAUCCAAGGUGGUAUGAGACACGCGCCUCCGUUCAGGACUUGAUACCCAGAAAGAAAUACGCAUAGUAGCUAGUAGCUAGUACUAGAUAGUAGUCAUUAUGACAUGGCAACUAUCGAUGAAGAGGUGAACCUGGAUGCACGUUUGCCACGUCCUUGUAUGCGCGUCGCCCCCACACUUGGCUGAGGCGUUGUUCCCGAUCGUCGAUGACCAAACGAUGACCCCCUCGCUCGCCAGCCAGAGCCAGUCAUCAUCCGAU